UUCUUCCCUCCUCCCCUGCUUCUCUCCUCCUUGCCAUCCCUCCCGAGCCCCAGUAUGGGUCUCCCCGCCUUCCUCCCUCUCAGGCUGCAUCUCCCCCCUCCUUAGUGCUCACCCCUGCACCUCUUUCUUUGUAUUCUUCUCACCCUCUCCCUGCCUCGCCAGCAUCUCUCCUCCCCCGCCCGGCUUCGGCCUCCCCCUGCCUCCCCAUCUUCAGCUCAGUCUCCUCCCCCUCGCUCCUCUUCCCUCCCCUCUGCCUCGCCCCACUCCAGCCCGCAUGCCAGGAUUUCUCUCCUCCCUGGGGGUCUCAGUGCAUCUCCUUCUCCUAUCUGCCUGCCUCCUCCCUCACCGAAGGGUUAGCGGACACCCAUCCUUCUCUGCUUGCAGACCCCACCACCACCCGCACCACUGCCGCUGUCUCUUCUUCACCGUAUCCUCCUCUACCCACCCUCUUCUCUCUUCUCUUCUCCCUGCCCCUUUAAAUCUGCCUGGCCCAGCCUCCCCCGUGAUGCUGGGAUGGAGCAAACAUUGAUUUGUGCUGGGAUGGAAUCGGAAUUUUGAUUUAUUUUUCCUCUCCCAACCAUAAGAAGAAAAAAAUAAUAAAAACACCCCCUCUUGAGAGCCCCCUCCCCCUUUGCAUCCAGCUCCCAGCUCUUCUUCCCUAUCUCCAUCCAAGGCAGAUUUUUUCCCCUACACUAUUCUCAUCUUCCCCCACCCUUGCCACUACCUCGCCCCCCCACCCAGCCUUCUCCUCCAGCUGGGGAGAGAGGGGACUCUCCGGACUCCCCCACCUUUCCUCUCUGGGUUGGAGCAGUCUCUCCGGAAGGGGAGGGGGCUUGGCUUGUCCGGGCGAGGUGGGAGUGGAGGUAUCCUGCCAUGGAUGCUGUGCCGGGGAGGCAGCCUGAGCCCCAGCCCACAUGAGACGCCGAAGAACCGGGGCAGAAGGGUCCUGACAGCAGCCAGGGAAACGGGUGCCCUACGAUUCUGCCCAGCCCCCUCUUAGGACCCCCAAACUGCCAUCCACACUCGACACUUCGGGGUUCUAGCCACUCAGGAUGAGGGUCCGGCCCUACCUGCCCUCGCUGGGGCCCCCCCGCCCUGCCCCGGUCUAACUGCCCCCGCCCCCAGGCCUCGCCCGGCUCCAAAGCCCCCAGCCGGCUCUCCAGCCCCAGGAUGCGCUGAGCCGCCGGGGGGCUGAGGCCGCGCCAACUACAUGCAUGUCCCCCGGGGGCAAGUUCGACUUUGACGACGGGGGCUGCUACGUGGGGGGCUGGGAGGCGGGGCGGGCACAUGGCUACGGCGUGUGCACGGGCCCCGGCGCCCAGGGCGAGUACAGCGGCUGCUGGGCACACGGCUUCGAGUCACUGGGCGUCUUCACGGGGCCCGGCGGACACAGCUACCAGGGCCACUGGCAGCAGGGCAAGCGCGAAGGGCUGGGCGUGGAGCGCAAGAGCCGCUGGACGUACCGCGGCGAGUGGCUGGGCGGGCUGAAGGGGCGCAGCGGCGUGUGGGAAAGCGUGUCCGGCCUGCGCUACGCCGGGCUCUGGAAGGACGGUUUCCAGGACGGCUACGGCACCGAGACCUACUCCGACGGAGGCACCUACCAGGGCCAGUGGCAGGCCGGGAAGCGCCACGGCUACGGGGUGCGCCAGAGUGUGCCCUACCAUCAGGCGGCGCUGCUGCGCUCACCCCGCCGCACCUCCCUGGAUUCCGGCCACAGCGACCCCCCGACGCCACCCCCGCCCCUGCCCUUGCCGGGCGACGAGGGAGGCAGCCCCGCCUCGGGCUCCCGGGGCGGCUUCGUGCUGGCCGGGCCCGGGGACGCCGACGGUGCGUCCUCCCGAAAGCGCACUCCAGCGGCCGGCGGAUUCUUUCGCCGCUCGCUGCUGCUCAGCGGGCUCCGAGCGGGCGGACGUCGCAGCUCCCUGGGCAGCAAGCGAGGCUCCCUGCGCAGCGAGGUGAGCAGCGAGGUGGGCAGCACCGGACCGCCCGGCUCGGAGGCCAGCGGGCCCCCGGCCGCAGCGCCGCCCGCCCUCAUCGAGGGCUCGGCCACAGAGGUGUACGCGGGCGAGUGGCGCGCAGAUCGGCGCAGCGGCUUCGGCGUCAGCCAGCGCUCCAACGGGCUGCGCUACGAGGGCGAGUGGCUGGGCAACCGGCGGCACGGCUACGGGCGCACCACCCGCCCCGACGGCUCCCGCGAGGAGGGCAAGUACAAGCGCAACCGGCUGGUGCACGGCGGGCGCGUCCGCAGCCUCCUGCCUCUGGCCCUUCGGCGGGGCAAAGUUAAGGAGAAGGUGGACAGGGCUGUCGAGGGCGCCCGUCGAGCCGUGAGUGCUGCCCGUCAGCGCCAGGAGAUCGCCGCUGCCAGGGCAGCAGACGCCCUCCUAAAGGCAGUGGCAGCCAGCAGUGUCGCUGAGAAGGCCGUGGAGGCAGCUCGAAUGGCCAAACUGAUAGCCCAGGACCUGCAGCCCAUGCUAGAGGCCCCAGGCCGCAGACCCAGGCAGGACUCAGAAGGUUCCGACACAGAGCCCCUGGAUGAGGACAGCCCUGGGGUAUAUGAGAACGGACUGACCCCCUCAGAGGGAUCCCCUGAACUGCCCAGCAGUCCUGCCUCCUCCCGCCAACCCUGGCGACCCCCUGCCUGCCGGAGCCCACUGCCUCCUGGAGGGGACCAGGGUCCCUUCUCCAGCCCCAAAGCUUGGCCUGAGGAGUGGGGGGGGGCAGGCGCACAGGCAGAGGAACUAGCUGGCUAUGAGGCUGAGGAUGAGGCUGGGAUGCAAGGGCCAGGGCCCAGAGAUGGUUCCCCACUCCUCGGAGGCUGCAGCGACAGUUCAGGAAGUCUUCGAGAGGAGGAGGGGGAGGAUGAAGAGCCCCUGCCCCCGCUGAGGGCCCCAGCAGGCACGGAGCCUGAGCCCAUCGCCAUGCUGGUCCUGAGGGGCUCGUCCUCGAGGGGUCCUGAUGCUGGGUGCCUGACAGAAGAGCUCGGGGAGCCCGCUGCAACCGAGAGGCCUGCCCAGCCGGGAGCUGCCAACCCCCUGGUGGUGGGAGCCGUGGCCCUCCUGGACCUCAGCCUGGCGUUCCUGUUCUCCCAGCUCCUCACCUGAGGCUACUUCCUGGCCUGGUUCUGGCUUUGGUUGCGUGCCUCUUCACCC